AUGGUAAGGAAAAAUGCAUUUUAUUUACCAGCAUUAUUUUUAGGUGGAGCAUCUUUAAGUCAUUAUUUCGCAUCAAAAGAGCUGGAUGAAAUAGAAAAGGAAGCCAAAAAAACUAUUUGGGGAUUUUCUACUGGUUUAGUAAUUGGUCUUGUAGUAGGCAUUUGUAUUGGGACAAAUUAUCAUUAUAUAUUUAAUAAAAUUUUUUCAAUUUUUGAUUAUUUUGUAAGAGAUUCAGAAGAAAAAAGUGAUUAA